AUGGAUCAGACUCGAGAGGAACGCAUGCGAUCGCGCAUGCGCGGUGCUGCACGCCACCAAGUUCAGAAUGCAGACUUCGGUGAUCUGUUCGCGAUCCCUAUCAUCGCACCCGAUGCCGAAUCACAGCCAGAGCCAGAGCCCGAACCUGAACCUGAGCCCGGAACCUCAGAACCGGCAGCUCCUUCGUCAGAACCAGCAGUUCCCUCGCCAACCCCAGCGCCAAUCCAGCGUAUCAGCCCAAAUACGUCAGCAAAGAGGCGGCGGCUAGACGCUCAAGGCACUGCCGCUCCAGUGCCACAAUCACAUUCGCAAGUCCAGCCACCACGGCGCUCGAGCUCCGCAACUCGGCGGUCACCACGACUUUCUCAAUCUCCUACCAAUCAUAACCCUCACGAACUGGCCAAUGCUCCUGCCUUGGCGGAUGAGCACGACGUCCUCCCAAAACCCACUCCUCCAAGUCGUGCGUCAGCCACGCGCGCAUCGGGCAGCAGGUCUGCACCUUCACUGUCAGCAGCGCGCAACUUGCCAGCACAUUCUUCGCCCCUCUCAAUAGUACAGCAUGCUGAGGAGGUGGGCGAAAGCCCGGCUGACCAGCCCGGCAGCGGCCAACGAAGGAGGCUACGGGCCAUUCCAGCCGUGACAUCCAGCGCACUGCUACAGUCGGCCCUACGGGCCGACGACUAUGAUGCCCUCGAAGGCUUGAUGCCAUCCUCGUCGCCCUUGACGCGGAAGUCAAGGAAGAGUAUUGCACCAACCACAGCCUCGGCACCAUCGACCCGGACGAGCCUACGGAGGAGCACUCGGUUGUCUGGCAGUAGCGAUAAUGGGGUUAACGCGCUCUCAUCGGACAUGCUAGCACCUUUUGAGGAUAUUAGCCCUUCGAAAGCGCGAAGGAACCACCAGCCCUCGGAAUCUGAGAUCGAAGAGGUUGAGGAGAGCGUUGUAGAUCAGACCGCAGCUGAUGACGCUGUGGAAACUCAAGCAGAGGAGGUUGAUGACAGAGAAGCUGCGCGUCAUCUCGGCCGGAAACGUCGACGGAGGGAUAAGGCCGCAUCACCCGAGUUGAUGUCAGAGGAAGUCAUAGAUGAACCAAGUGCGAAACGCUCUCGCGCAGUUCCGCCGCCGAAGCCGAAGAAGAGGUCGCCAGCAAAGCAAAAGCAGCCGAAAAUGCCGCGAGCGAAACCAAGCAAGCAGACGUCAGCACACAGGAAAAAGAGCGGAGAUGCCGCACAGCAACCAAUAUCGGUGAAGAUCCAAAGAUUCACGAAACCUAGACGCAUUGAUGAGGACGAUCCGGAAGCGGAUGACAUCCUUAAUACAGAAAUACCGUUCGCGAACCGAGGCGGUGUUAACGCCGUGGAUGUCUUGGCCCAGAUGUGCGAGGAACUCAUCAGUACCAGUCUGCAGAAUCUCAAGGACAACUUUGAUAAUGCACAGGACGCCGCUACGAAGAAGGAACUGCGGGUGAAACUGAGAGCUUUAGAGGCCUUCCAAGAAGAGUUGAGGACUCGUUUCUUGGAGCACACAAUCGCUCUUGAUGCACUGUACGCGCUGAAGAAGCGCGUUCGCGAAGCGCAAAAGAACAGGCUGCAGUUGCGGGAGAGAAUCAUGCAGAUAAGAGCAGAAAGGGAGCAGGUCGCCCUUCGAAUGGAUGCUGUCAGGAUGAAGCAUGAAGAGGGCGGCAAGGAGGCUUUGCACAAUAUCAAAUUAUCAGCGGCGAUGCACGACGUUGAUCUUGCGAUCGGGCAGGGCAGGGCCGCCCCUGAUCUUUCAGCCAAAGACCAGAAAACGGCAGAACUCGCGAAUCUGGAGUUGCUCAUCGACAGGGUCACAGAACAGGCCUGCAGCGGUGGUCCUGCGGGAGGCAACUUGAGGUAUAUCAAGAGCUUCAAUGCGUUCCUGGAGCGUACUGCCGCCGCGCUAUAA